AUGGCUGAGCGGUCGCCGCCAAAAGCCCAAGGGCAAGAAAAUGCCCCUCGCACCACGCCGUCGCCCAGGAAGCGAGAAAUAGACCCAGGAAGCACUUCAACAGCAAAGAGCAAGUCACUCGCCACGCUCUCGCCGAAUGUUGAGCCGGACUCUGGCCGACAUCUUUCCUUGCAAGCCACGUCCGUGUUGACACAUGCCGCGCCUUCAUGGCAUACACGUCAUCUGAAGCUUCCCUUCGACCUCCGGGAUCAUAAUGUCAAAAUCGACGCCGACGUCCGCCGAGUGCUCUCUGAGAUCUUCCCUAACACAGUGAGCAUUCUCGUGGGCGGUAAUCGGAUUUAUCUUCACUUCACAGUGAAAGAACUACCAGAAACCCCUUGGCCGCUCACUAUUGCGGGGUUACCUAUUACAAUCGGUGACGAGAUGGGCAAUGGCAAGGAUGUCAUGUUCCCCAAGACGACCACUGGCAACAUGAGCAUCCGAAUCUGUGAGGACAUCGAUGCGAGGUUCAUGUCUUUCAAGACCCAAGCCUUUCGCAGCCUUGCUGACACCGCCACCCGCGCCAUUCUCACUUGCGUCCCAGAACUUGCAGUUAUUGAGUUCAUCCUUGACGCAGAAAGAAAGUUCCACGUCGUACUAGAGGAUAGUGUUGACGUUAAGUCAAUCUGGGCCCGACUGCCCGGGCGCAUCGCGAAGUGCUGGACGAUGUACCUGUUUGAGAAGGAUCUAUGCCGACCAGAUAUGAGAGAUCGCAAAGCCCUGCGCCAAAAGAUGCCGAAUGCUGAACAAAGUAUUGUGGAUGACACAGCUUAUGACGUCCUUCGCCCUGGCGUCCUCAUCUCCAUUUUUGCCUUUGAUGACGCCAGCAGGAGGGACUUCUACUCUACUUCUUCUGGUGUGCUAGUUAAAAACGGUGCUGACGACAAGUUCAUGACCGGCGCAUCCCACGGCAUAGCCGAAACCGAGACUGUUCACCAGACUUUGUCGUCUGGAGACCAGCGGGUAGUCGGCAGGGCCGUGGCAGAGCUUAGCUUCACAGAUAUCUCACUCAUACAGCUUCAGCCUCAAGUCGAAUUCGUCAACGAAGCCUUUGAACAGGAGGGUGAGCCAGUCCCUCCAUUCACCACACUGCUUGGAGAAGACAUGAACGACGAGAUCGAUAUGAUGCAAAGUGUUUUCUUCAACAGUCCUCAAACGGGUGCCAUGGAAGGCCUCGUAAUGGCCAAAGGUUGGAAGAUACAUAAUCGCGGUAGUGAGAAGACUCACCCGCGAGAAGCCGAAUUGGAGUACGUCGUCUACGACUGGGUAUACCUUGGGCAGAAUGAGUCGCCUCCGAACGUUUCGAUCAUCCCUGACGGGAGCCGCGGCUCUGCUAUAUGGGAUGACCUGGGCCGAAUUAUUGGCUUCUUCCAUUAUCACUUGACGGUGGGAUCUUUCAAGGGAUUUUACACCUCGGUAUCCGCGGACGAGGUGGUCAAAGCAGGAUACCGACUGGCUUGA